CCUCCUGCUAAUGCUGCAGGGCGUUGUGUGCAGGGCGUUGUGUCCUCUCCUGUGCUUUGUGUUGAGGCUGCAGUGCAGGAGUAUGGGCAUUGCACAAUGCACAGGGGACAGUAUUGCAUGCAUUGCUGCUGUGUUGCUUUCAGUACUGAUUCCAGACACUAUGGGGGAGGAAUGGACGGUGGUGAGCCCAUAGCGAAAAAGAGGGUCCUUCCACCAUGGAUGACAGAAGACAAAGCAAAGACCAAGAAGUUGUGUACGAAGCAUUUGAAGAGGGAAAAAAUAUCUCCCAGGAAGCGCACUGUCUACUGUAUGGACGAGAAGGAGCUGGUGGAGUACGCGCUAGAGAUACUCAAUGAGGUUAAAACGCGUAGCGACAUCAAGAAGGACGCUGUAGAAGACACACAAGAAGAUGAAGAUAAACCUGCCGCGGAUAAAGUGAGCGAUGAGGAAUCUCCGUUACCCUUGGAAGGAUCAUCCCGAACCCUAAAAAGCAUUCUACCACUUUCUAAAGACUUGAGAGACAGCGCAGCUGGGCCUGGGACACAUUCAGACGAGGACGACGACCCCUUAAAAUAUGUCAGAGAGAUUUUCUUCAGCUGAAGAUGUAUCACAAGGUGCUGGUUUGUUGGGGAGUCUUCAGUGCUAAAUGUUACAUUGCAAGUAGCGUGUAAUCUGCGAAACGCGUUGGAGUCGAUGAGAAGAGACUGCUGCUGGUAGCACUACCCAUGAGGACUCCUCACCGGAGUAGCUUUAAUCCUUGUGUGUGGACUCAUAUUUCCACUCUUUUCUGAGUGUAAAAACUCUUAUUUUAUACUUUGUGCUGUACGUGCUGCGCCGCGAGGUACAAUGUCCAUUUUUAGCAAAGAAUAAAAGUUCAGUUAUUCAGAAGGAAA